AUGCAGCACGAUCUUCCACGUCGGGGCUCCCAAGCCCGCGUACAAGGCCCAGAUGAAUGGAAGCUGGAGCAAGGUCUUGAAGCAGCUCGCCUCGGCAUCCGCAAUCAGAGCAGCAUCCAAGUCAACACCGAUGCACACAAACUGAAUCCCUCCGACUCUGAAGUGCUUGCUGGACCGGAUAUCCCGGAUGACCCGGACCUUGACGUGCAAGAUGAGAGACCAGGUUGGACAGGCUACGUUGAGUGGGAAGACUACCCCGAGAAGAAAGCAAAAGCACACCAGCGCUUUUCCCGCUUCACGUUUCCUCCCCCGCCAGAGUUCCAGCUAGAGCCUCUGCCUGCCACUAACCCCGUUCUUGAGGGCAAGCGAUGGAAAUUAUGGCACAAGGCAAUCGGAGGCGUGUUGACAAAAGUCCCUGAAAUCAGCUGGGAAACAGUCCUCAAGGAAAAACAUCCUGAUAUGCUCCAUCUGCUAGAGUUUCCCUAUAACGGAGAAGCGCCCAAGAGUCUCCUCACAAAAGAGUACAUCAUGCCAAACGAGCUUCAUUUUGUUCGUAACCAUGGUGGUAUUCCAGACAUCAAUCCAAGUGCAUACGAUAUCCGGCUGGAUGGGCUAGUCAACGACCCAAAGACACUCACACUCGCUGAUCUCCAAGACGAAACUCGCUUCCCGCGUGUCUCCAAACUUGUCACUCUUCAAUGCAGUGGUACGAGGCGACUCGAACAAAUCGUCGAGCAUCCUGGUGAGGGCGACGAGAUGAUCAAUGCCCCUUGGGCUGAAGGUGCUAUUGGCACUGCCAAGUGGACAGGUGUGAGUCUGAAGAAGGUCAUCAAGUAUUGCGGUGGCCUCAAAGAUGGCGCCAAGCAUCUUGAGCUAUAUGGUGCAGACACAUAUUUCAAGGGAGGGCAGUGUAUGAACUACGUUGUUUCCAUACCAUGGUCAAAGGUCAAGGCCAAUGAAGUCCUUCUGGCUUGGGAGAUGAACGAUAAGCCAUUGCCGAAGAUUCAUGGCUUCCCCUUACGUACAGUAGUGAUGGGUUAUAUCGGAGCGAGAAGUGUCAAGUGGUUGUAUCGAAUCAAGGCGAUUGAGACACCUAGUAUGGCACCGGUGCAGAGUAGGGAGUAUUUGUACUUCCAGCAGCAGACUGGAAAGCAUAAUCAAUCACCUACAAUGGGUAUUCAGAUCCAGGAGAUGCCUGUCAGCAGCGCGAUCAUGUCCCCCUGGAACAAGGAGGUCGUGAUCCACGAUGGUGAAAUUGAAGUCAAAGGUUGGGCAUACUCGGGUGGUGGUCGCUGGCCAGAACGCGUAGAGAUCUCAUCAGACGGUGGAUAUGUAUGGUAUGCCGUACCUAUCGAGAACCUCUCCCCGAAGCAUAAAUUCGCCUGGCGUACUUUCUCGGGCAAGGUGCCUUGUGACCACGAGGGCUGGAUCGAGCUCGUUGUUCGCUGCUGGGACAACAGUCUCAACACGCAACCGAUGGAAGUCCGACACAGCUGGAACUGGGGUCUCCAUGUGACGAGCAGUUGUCACCACGUCAAGAUUUACAGCGUGAAUGCGAGUCGAGAGGCGACGAGGAAGAGACUGCAGCUGUUUAAUGAGCAUGGGGAGGGCUUUACGCCGAUUACGAGACCGACUGGCUUUGUCCCGAUGAGUAUGGAGGAGUAUAAGAAGGCAACGGCGGGGGCAGAGCCUCGGGAUGUUGAUGAUUAG